AUCCCCAUCCCUCUUCCUCUCAACAAUAUUCGGCGCGGGAGCCUCAGAUCCCACAGACCUCUAUCCAGCUGCAGCUUGCCCACUUACCAGUCCCUCCUUUUGGUCUCUGUCUCUGUUUCACCUCCAAGCCGCCAUGUCGGACUACGACAAGGAGGAUGCGGGUCUAACCUCAUCCCGUUUAAGGUCUACGAAGAGGAAAUGGAUCUGGAUCGGCGUCCCCGUCGCCAUAGUCGUCAUUCUCGCCGCCGUCCUCGGUGGUGUCCUCGGCAGCCGUGCUCACAAGAACUCGAGCAAGUCGAGCAGCGGGAGCGCCGCUCAAGCAUCCCCCAGCGGCGAGGCCGCCGCCAGCCAAGCUGCCAGCAUCAAGGAGCACAUUGGCUUGUACCCGACCGGCACCGACAGCCAGUACCUGCUCCCCAUAUAUCCCUCUACGACAAACACCGCCGCAUUUACCACACCCACAUUCGUUCCUUCGAACAACGCCGCCUUAGCGUGGCCCAAAGAUCCCUUCCAGCCAUCUAACCCUCAGCCGACCUCCGUCCGCACUGACCGCCCGCGUAUCCUCGCGCCAUCCUACAAGUGGGAGGCGCUGCCUAACCUGAUCAAGAACGACCCGUACCUCAAGUUCUGGAACGACACCAUCUUCGGCAAUGCGACAGCUUACUUCAGUCUGCCCCCCGUCGUCUACCACUUGGACGGUGGCAGUGGCAUCCUCGACAACGCGCGCGAGAUCAAAAUGCGAAUCAAGGCGUUCGCGUACGUCUACCGCAUGACGAACGACACCAAGUGGCUGGACAGAACGUUCACGGAGCUCCAGAACGCUGCUGGAAACGGAACGACCCCGUUCGGCCCCGACGGCCAAGACAAAUGGAACCCCACCCACUUCCUUGACACCGCCGAGUUCACCGCUGCGUUCGCCAUCGCGUACGAUUGGCUGUACGAUGCCUGGUCGUCUGACCAGAGGAGCGCCAUCCUCAGCUCGAUGAUGUUCUAUGGUCUCGAGCCGGGUCUGAACGCCUACUCUAACACAUCGACUGGCUGGUGGGCUAACAACAUCGAGGGCAACUGGAACUGUGUCAGCAAUAGCGGUCUCACGAUGGGUGCGCUCGCCGUCCUCGGGGAUGAUACCUCCGGCACCGCGGAGGCCAUCCUCGGAAAGUCUAUCCCCAACGCGCUCACGAACUGCAUCUUCGCGGUUUCGUCCGACGGUACUUGGUCAGAGACGGCGAACUACUGGUAUUUCGGUACCACCGGGCUCGCAGAGAUGACGUCCUCCCUGAUGACCGCGACGGGCUCCGACUUCGGGUUGCUCAAGAACAACCCGAAUUUGAACAAGACCGGUCUGUACCACAUGUACGUGACUGGCCCGGGCUCGCUCUUCGCGUACGGCGACCACGGCCCGAACAAGUUCUCGACGACCGCGAACUCGAUCCUCUUCUACGGUGACCAGCUACAGCACCCCGAGUACGUGCUCUUCCAGCGCGAUCAGCACGACGCCCCGGAGCCGAACUCGAUGUUCUGGUACAACCCAGAGGUGUCUGGCGCAUUCUGGGACGGGCUACCGCUCGACCACGUGUUUGACAACAGCACGGACCAGUGGGCGUCGAUGCGUUCGUCGUGGACGGACGAGAACGCGCUGUACGUCGCGAUGAAGGCCGGCACGCUCACGGGCCACCAGACGCACAACGACCUCGACGCGGGCGACUUCGUGAUCGACGCGCUCGGCACGCGGUGGGCGGGCGAGCUCGGCUCCGGGGACUACCUAUCCGAGGGCUACUUCUCGAGCGAUGCGCAGGACAGCCAGCGGUGGCUGUACUACCGCAAGCGGACGGAGGGGCAGAACACCAUCCUCGUGAACCAGGACAACCAACUCGUCACGGCCGCGCCGACGGUCAAAUUUGACUCGUCGGGUACUCAGCAGGGCUCGAGCACUGUCCUUGAUGUCUCGAGCGACUCGACGGCGUACUUCACGGCUGAUCUCACGAGCGCGUACGGCAACGUGACGUCGUUCAAGCGUGGUAUUAGGUUGAUCAACGGCCGUAAGCAGGUACUCCUGCAGGACGACAUUAACGCACAAGGCUCGAUCAUGUGGCGUAUGCACACAAACGCGACGGUGGCCGUGUCUGGCACGUCCGCGACGCUCAAGAUCGACGACAAGACGGUGCAAUUGAGCAUCCUGAAUCCCCCAGACGGCGUUACCAUCACCACCGGGCCUGCGCAGCGGUUCGACAACGACCCGCCGCUUCCCCAGGGCCAGGUGGACCAGCCGAACCCGGGCGUGACGGUGGUGAUGAUCAACCUGCCGGCGGGCACGUACAGCCUGCAGGUGCUGUUCAACCCGCAGUGGCCCGGGGCGUCGUCGAGCGACUUUGUGACGCCGCCGUCGGUGCCCAUCGAUCAGUGGACGCUGACGAGCCACAACUGACCUGCGCCUCCCCACCUGGUGCGGAUCACGAUAACUGCAAUGGACCACUACUGUACUACGGUUGCCAGAGAAGGCACUUACACGACGGACUUUCCGCCUGGAGCGUGUAGUAGAGAUCGGACUUGACUAAUGUGAUGAUGUGUGGCGGUAUCAGUAGGUAGUUGAUACUUAGUACUUGCAAUGGACCACUUGGACCCCUCCCCUUAUCUCAUUUGCAGCAUACGUCGGUAGUAAUACGAUACAAGACGUUAUUUUUGUUGAACGAACUAUUCUCGACUCUUUGGCGUGUUUUAUGACAUUUUGUUUGGGACUGUAUCACAUUCACAGUUUUGCUUGACAAUCUACGGCCUUCUUCAAGAUCCAUUUUUUGCAUGGUUCUCUCUACGAUGUUGGUUUGAAGGUGGUUUACGGACGUUGACACUGGCAGUACUGGCAGCUUUUCACAAAGUCGAACACGAUCACGGGACCGUGGCGCGCGUAGUAGAGGCGGCGGCGGCUGGACGGUUGGGCUGACCG